AUGACCCAUCAGAAUACCGAAACUGCCAGUUUGGCUACGACGAAGGGUGCCUUGGAGCCUCUUCCUCCUGAUAAGACAGCAGGCUUGUCAACAGGCGCAGGGCAUGAAAUCUCUUCUGAUGAGUCAGAAGGUAGUGAAGAGGAAACAGGUCUACAUAAAGAUCCUUCCCAGAGGCAAAGACAACAGAACGCCACUUUCCAGGCCUUUCUGUCUCACCACGCUGAGACAAUAGUGAACUCCCCCGUUAAACCCAAUCAAGCCCAGUCUGAGCUUUCAAUAUCCUCACUCAUAGGAAGGAACGCUAGUGGAACAGGUAUCCUGAACCCAAGAGAAUACCAGAUAGAACUGUUUGAACGCGCCAAAGUACAAAACACCAUUGCUGUCCUCGAUACGGGCUCGGGAAAAACCCUCAUAGCAGUUCUAUUACUCAAACACGUCAUUCAGACAGAGCUGAUUGACAGGGCUAAUGGAAACCCCCCACGGAUAUCAUUCUUCCUUGUGGACAGUGUGACCCUCGUAUACCAGCAAGCUUCAGUUCUACGUAACAACCUCGACCAGAAUGUCGCACAUUUCUUUGGUGCAAUGGGGGUUGAUUUGUGGAACAAACAAACCUGGGCAGAGCAUUUUGAGAAGAACAUGGUGAUCGUCUGUACAGCGGAGAUUCUGAACCAGUGCCUGCUCAAUGCCUACAUUACCAUGCAGCAGAUCAACCUGUUGGUUUUCGACGAAGCCCAUCACACGAAGAAAGACCAUCCAUACGCGAGAAUCAUCAGAGACUCUUAUCUCAGGGUGCCGCCUUCGAGCCGCCCGAGAAUCUUUGGAAUGACUGCUUCCCCAGUUGAUACUAAAGGGGAUGUCCUUGAGGCUGCUCGGAACUUAGAGGCCCUUCUCGAUAGUAAGAUCGCCACGACCUCGAAACUCACCAUCCUAAGGCAAGUUGUCAAUCGUCCGAACGAGGAAGUUUGGAUCUAUGAUAAACUGCAGCCGACUUUCACAAGUGAUCUCUAUAAAUUAAUGGAAAGCCGCUUCGGUGAUAUAAGCCACCUAGAGCCCAUGUUCAGAUUUGCCCGACAUGCUACCUCUGAGCUUGGCACAUGGUGCGCGGACAGAGUGUGGGUGAGCGCCUUGGCCGAUGAUGUGCUACCAAAAGUGGAAGGAAGCAUCGGUGGAAAACGCCAAUCUACCGGCCUGGGUCAACUACCUAAGGAUGUACAUCGGGAUAUCACGCGUAUUAAAGAGGCCAGUGAGCUUGUCGAGUCUCAUCCACCGAACGACCCAGGCGCACCGGAGGCAUUGAGCUCGAAAGUCCGAGUCCUCUGGAAAGAGAUUUCCCAAUGCUUUGGUCAGGAGACUAAUACAAAAUGCAUAGUUUUUACGGAGAAACGCUACACAGCUAAGGUAUUGUUCGACUUGUUCACAGUGCUGAACGUACCUGGGCUUCGGCCGGGUGUCUUGAUAGGGGUACGCUCGAGUGACAGGAUAGGGAUGAAUGUGACAUUCCGCCAACAGAUCCUUACGAUGGUCAGAUUUAGGACAGGAGAAAUCAACUGUCUGUUUGCUACUGCCGUAGCAGAAGAAGGUCUUGACAUCCCGGACUGCAAUCUGGUUGUAAGUAUGAUCGAGAAGGAUAACGCAGACCAUGAGAGCAUACUCGUUCAGGUCAAUGAUGCGGAGAAAAUCAUGCAAAGCUUCUGUCAACUUCUCCCAGAGGAUCGGAUACUGCAUGGAAAUGACGAUGACACCGAUGCUGUUCUGGAUCGAGAGGAAUGGGAGGAGCCAUACACGCUGCCAUCCACUGCAGCAAGGUUAACUCACCACUCUGCUAUCACAGUCCUUGCUCGUUAUGCCAGCUCUUUGCAAUAUGAGAAUGACACCUCAGCUCAAGUCACAUAUGUUGUGCUUCCUGUGAAUGAUGCGUACGUAUGCGAGGUCAUCUUACCCGAAAAGUCACCUAUCCGAGGAGCCACUGGAAUGCCUGCAAUGAAGAAAUCUACAGCGAAAAGAUAUGCCGCAUUCGAGGCCUGUCGCUUGCUGCGGAAGCACAGAUUACUCGAUGAGUACCUCAAUUCAGUCUACCACCGCCGACUUCCUGCUAUGAGAAAUGCAAGAUUGGCCAUUACGUCUCACCGGACAAAUGAGUACAAAAUACUCCCCAAGUCAUCACUCUGGAACAAGCAAAUUGGGGUUAUUCCAGGAAAGCUUUAUGGAACUGUCAUCUCUUUGAAGCCUCUAACACCCCUGGCAAGAGAGCAUGGCAGUAUGAUCUUGUUCACUCGCGACAGGUUACCGCAGUUUCCAACAUUCCCUAUUUUCCUCGGUGAGGAUGUCGAGACGAUAGUCCUGACUGUGCCAGUAAAUAUGGAGCUCCAGCCAUCGGCAGAUGAGUUGGACUAUAUGACAACUUUUACCCUCCGUAUCUUUCGUGAUGUGUUCCGCAAAACGUACGAUAAGGAGCCAGAGAAGCUUCCGUACUGGCUUUUACCAGCUAUUUCCUUUCCUUGCAACCAGGAAGCAGAUCCAAGGGAUGUGGUCAAUUGGGAAAUCCUAUCUUCAGUCCAUGAACGCGAUGAUAUAGAAUAUCAAGCAGAUAUGCCACCGGAGAUGCUGGUCGAUCGAUUCGUCUAUGAUCACUGGGAUGGGAGGUAUCGGUAUUUUACGCUGGCCGUUGAUGAGAACCUGCAGCCAUCAAGCCCUCCACCCUCUCAUGUUGCGCGUCGCAGGCACAUGGACACCAUCAUGAAUUACAGCAUAAGUCUUUCCAAAAAUUCUCGAGCGAAGUUCCUUUCAAGAUGCAACUGGAAUCAACCGGUACUCCAUGCAGAGCUUGUUCGCCUGCGAAGAAACUUACUCGAUAGAAUGACGGACAAAGAAAGAAAGCUCGAAACAAGAUCUGUUAUUUGCAUAGAGCCGUUGAAGAUCUCUGCAAUCCCCGCAGCAAUUGCUGCUACAUGUCUUGCUUUCCCCGCUAUAAUAAGCAGGCUGGACGCGUAUCUAAUUGGCCUCGAGGCCUGUAAGAAACUGGGACUCGAAAUUAGCCUAGAAUAUGCUUUGGAAGCUCUCACAAAAGACUCGGAUAAUACACAUGAGCAUCGAUCUCAACAGGUCCAUAUGCAGCGAGGCAUGGGAAAAAACUACGAGCGUCUAGAAUUCUUGGGUGACUGCUUCCUCAAGAUGGCGACAUCUAUAUCGCUCUUCAAUCAACACCCUGACGACAACGAGUUCGAUUACCAUGUGAACAGAAUGUGUCUCAUCUGCAACAGGAACCUGUUCAACUCGGCUGUGAAGAAGGAGCUUUAUCAGUUCAUUCGUAGCCGAGGAUUUUCAAGAGACACAUGGUAUCCCGAGGGGCUGACCCUAUUACAAGGCAGAGAUCAUAGCAAAAAGAUUGGUUCGGAAAGCAAGCACGCCCUUGCUGAAAAGACAAUUGCCGAUGUGUGCGAAGCCCUGAUCGGAGCAGCCCUGCUUACACCAGGUCCCCAGCAUCGAUUUGACAUGGGAGUCAGAGCUGUAAGUGCUGUCGUUGACAGCAAUGAGCAUAAUGCUGCGUCCUGGAGAGACUACAUAUCUCUCUACUCAAUCCCCAAAUAUCAAGAACAGGCCCCGGACGGCUCUGAGAUUGACCUUUGCCGACGCGUUGAAGAGAAACUGGGCUACCAUUUCAGGUACCCGCGGCUGCUGCACUCGGCUUUCACCCACCCAUCAUAUCCUUCGGCAUGGGCCAGAGUGCCAUGUUAUCAAAGUCUCGAGUUCCUCGGCGAUGCCCUUCUUGACAUGGUUUGCGUGGAGGAUCUGUUCCGCCGAUUCCCUGAUCGUGAUCCCCAAUGGCUGACGGAGCAUAAAAUGGCAAUGGUGUCUAACAAAUUCCUCGGUGCGUUGGCUGUGAAACUCGGCCUGCACACACACUUGAGUUACUUCAGCAGCGCAUUGCAGUCUCAGAUAACUCAUUAUGCAGAGGAGGCUCAGGCUGCAGCUAGUCAGAGCGAUGUAGCCGUGGAUUAUUGGACGCUUACCCAGGAUCCACCCAAGGUAGAGUGA